AUGGAUCACAUACUUAGAGUGUGCCCACGUGCAAGGGAAGUGUGGAGUCUUUCUAAAGUGGACAUCCAACCUGCUAUCCCUUUCAAAGCCUGGUUUAAAAACAAAAUUUCAGACCAAUCUUCAAAGUCUCACACUCCCUGUAAUGCAAUUUUUAUAUUUACAGCUUGGAAUAUUUGGCUAAGACGUAAUGCUUGGGUAUUCUCUAAAACAAACGUGACAUCUGAUGUCCUCAUUAAAAAAUCAACUUGGGCCGCCACUGAAUGGUUCUUCACCCAGAACCAACCUAAGGUGGGAAAAGCACCCAAAACCACUACAUGGAAACCACCACCUUUAAACCACCACAAAGUAAACACAGAUGCCUCGUUUUAUGCCAAUACAAAACAAGCCACCUUAAGCGGAGUUUGUCGUGACCAUAAUGCCGAAUGGGUUGAGGGAUUUAAAAUGUCAACUGCAACAAAUAAUGCCAUGGAAGCAGAAAUAUAUGCCAUCCUACUAGCUUUGAAUUGGAUUAAAAGGAAAAACUGGAAGGAGACUAUUUUGUCUUCGGAUUGCCUUCGCGCAGUACUAACCAUCUUGCAGGAUAAAGUGUUAAAUGAUAUCUCCUCGGAAAUGAUUACAUCUUGCAGGGAGUUGCUCCAAGAUCUUAGAGGCGUCAAACUGGUUUUUGAGGGAAGGGGAUCAAACAAACUUGCUGAUAGCGUGGCAAAGCAGGCUAAAGGAUUAUCGGAUGGGUUUAAUAUUUUCUGUACUUUAAGCUCCCCUCCCCCCCUAAUGUGUAAUGAAAUUUUCUUAGCUGACAAACAAAACUUGAUCACUAGCAUUUCGGAGGGAGCUUCGGAGGGAGCCUUGGAUGAAGGCCAUUUUGUGUCUGAACUCCACGGGGAUGUUGUUUUGUAA